AGCAUUAUGGGAAAUGUAGCAAAUUGCUGAAAAUCUUUAACACAGGCAGGCUGCUGGUUUAAGGGUAAACAGCCACGUUAGCUGUAAGAGUUAACCUUUUUUGCGGUGCUACAUAACUGGCAGCAACAUUGUUAAAGCCUGAUAAUGACCGCAGCGUCAUGGAAUAUCUCGUUUAUUCUUGCCGUCAGUAUUGUUAUCGCAUGCUUUAGACCCGCUUAUGCUUGGGAUUCAGACCUUGAGCUUUACGAUCUGGUGGAGGAAAUUCAACAGAACUUUUACGAAUUCCUGUCUGUUGAGCAGGAUGCCUCGUCGGCGGACAUCAGAAAGGCCUAUCGCAGGCUGUCGCUCACACUGCACCCCGACAAGAAUAAAGAUGAAAACGCAGAGACACAAUUCCGACAGUUGGUGGCCAUCUAUGAAGUACUAAAAGAUGAACAGAGGAGAGAGAGGUAUAAUGACGUCCUGGUCAAUGGGUUACCGGACUGGAGGCAGCCAGUGUUUUACUACAGGCGGGUGAGGAAGAUGAGCAACGGAGAGCUGGGCUUCCUGCUCUUCCUCAUCCUCACUGUGUGCCACUACGCAGUCAUCUGGUCUAUCUACCUGGAGAAGCAGCUGGAUGAACUUCUGAGCAAGAAGAAAAAAGAGAAGAAGAAAAAGAUGAGUAGCAAGAGUGCUGAAGAAUCACGGCCUGUUGGACUGGAUAAAAUAGAGAGGUCAGUCGAAAAACCUCAUUGGCAGGAUAUCCUGCCACUCAAGUUGAGCAUCUGGCUGUAUCUCUCCAUCAAGUCCCUCCCCCAUGUCAUCCAGGAUGCCAAACAGUAUUAUGAAGAUUAUAAGGUGAUGAAAGUCAGGGAGAGAGAGGAAGCCGAAGCCCUGGCACUGGCUGAACAGGAAGCUACAACUAUAAAAGAGAAACGACCCAAGGUGAAGAAACCAAAGUUUGAGUUUCCUGUUUAUGAGCCUUCGCUAAUGGCAGCAGACAGUGCAUACUUGCCCAGUUACGAUCAGGGGACGUCCAUCGAGGAGAUUGAAGACCAGAUGGAUGACUGGUUGGAGGAUAAGAAGUCUCAGAAGAAAAAGGCUCCAGAGUGGUCCGAUGAGGACAUCACUCUCCUGACACGGAGUAUGGCCAAGUUCCCUGGGGGAACACCUGGUCGCUGGGAGAAAAUUGCCCAUGAACUAGGAAGAACGGUGUCUGAUGUUACUGCAAAAGUCAAACAAGUUAAAGACAGUCAAACUAACACAUCAGGGCUGGUGAAGCUCUCGGAGCUCAAGGCUCAGGGCAGCGGCGCUCUCCCAGGAAAGGCCUCCAAAACCGGGGCUGGCUCAUUACCCGACAGCCUCAUGACCCAGAGAGAUGACCCACGACCCCAGCCACCAGCUCCAGCAGUGGGGGUGGAGCCCUGCAGCGGGGGUGAUGAAGAAGAGGGGAUCCAGUCAGGUGUCAGAAGGAGAGGCAAAAAGGCCGGGGCAGGGGCCGAGGACAAGGUCAAGGGACGCAGACAGAGGGACUUUGACCCCACGGCUGCUGUCGAGGACGACAGCGAAGAGGAGCGGGGUUCGUCCGCUGCCUUCGUCCCACAGCCGCUCAGGGAGAAAGCCACUACUGUGGCUGAAGACGUCUGGACCCAGAACCAGCAGAAGCUUCUGGAGCAGGCCCUGCAGCAGUACCCGCGCGGCACCACGGAACGCUGGGACAGGAUCGCCAAGAUGGUGCCCGGGAAGAGCAAGGAGGAGUGUAUGAUUCGUUACAAACUUUUAGCUGAGCUGGUGCUGAAAAGGAAGCAGGCCAAGAGCUGACUCUUCCCCCCCCGCCAAGGGCAUCCAUCUUGAAAUCACCUUUUGGUUUCUAGUCCCUUGACCUUGGUGUUAUCCUCUUCAGCGUGAUCUGAAAGGCCUGGAUAGAGGCAUCGCUAUGAAAAUUCCACAGCAUAUUGUUGGGCCAUAUUGCUUUCACCCAUCCAGUUCUUUUCAGAUCCGUGAACAGGAUUGGUGCUCGGGGAUGGGACUAGGGGCCCCAAAUUGGACCGGGCUCAUACUUUCACGUCUGUCAUGUGCCUUAGCUCCGCCCAAAGCAUGCCAUCUGGCCUCCUCACAGUGGACAGCUGCUUGAGGACUCGGCGCCUCGAGAAAUGUCAAUACUGUUUUUGUACUUCUUCAAUUAUGUUUGACUUCUUCUCAUCUGUCAUUUUAAAUCACACACGUACUGAGUAUAACCUGUUUCGGAGGAGAAAAAAAAUAAACUUUUAUUUAUUUACCUGGA